UGACUACUAAAGACAUAAUUUCUCUGGAAUCAUCACAUCGUCAGCUGCCGGAACUUGCUGAUACGUAUUGAACAACUUAUUGAGGGGUGCAAGUCACCAUUAUUUGAAUCAUCAACUGACCUGUCGAUUUUUUUGAAUGAAUGAAUGAAUUGAAUCAAACCUUUUGCAAUUUUCAUUCCUCUAUUCAAAGAUUGGGCAUGAUUGCAUAUCGACUGGGCAGAAAAUGCACACCACAACUCGUCACAAUUUUUCUGGAUCAGUGCAAUGCAUUAUGCGAUAUAUUGGUUUCUCAAGUUUUUCCUAUUGUUGCAAAGUUGCAACCCACUAUUAUAACAAAUAUGAACACAUUUUAAAAAUGACUUUGUUCAAAAAUAGCCCCCCCCAAAGCAUAUAAAUGGCAUCUGACAUUUUUUUUUCAACAGCGUUCCAAGGACUUUGACUUGACUGACAGUCCUUGGACAGGAAGUGUGGUCACACUGAUGAUGAUGAAGAAGAGUGAAUCACCGUAUUGUGAAACCCGAACUAUGCCUCCGAGCAUUCCAGAUCUUCCACGAUUUCCGAAUGCUGAAAUGCACGCCGAGCACAUGCAAAUAAGGAACCGUUCGCCUUUCUACUACUUCAAGUGCUGCAUUCAACUGGUUUCAAAUGCAUGCCAUUCACAGCACGCCUUAACGCCAAAACGUUGAGUUCAACUCAAGUUCGUGCUGCACCCGGAAAUAAUGCAGACGCGCUCGUUCAUCGGAACCGUGGUGACGUCACGGGGAGCUGUCGUCACUUAGGCAGAGUUAGCGUCGGGUCCGUGUAAUGUGGGUGGAAAUUCCCGGCGGAACCGCUUCAAUAAAAGCGCCAAUGGAAGAUGUAGCGCACUCGUUCUUCGUCGUCGUCUUAAUCUUGGUCUUGGUCGUCGGAAUCGCUCGAGACCCCAAACCGCCGUGAGCGACAUGCACGCGCACGCAGUUUUCCCUCUUCUCUGCUGCAUCCUGUUCCCACGGGUGACCCGUCCGGCACCCACUGCCGGCCCUUCACCAGCCUUGCGAGAUGCACUCGAACGAGCCCGCAUGCUGGCGGACAAAAUUUCCAAAGACGUCCCCACCGUGCUCGCCCAGGCUUCGACGCUUGACUUCCUGCCGCUGACCAGCGACCUUCAGAUGAUGGCCACCGCCCUCCACAUCCCCCCCGCGCCCGUCCUCAAGCCUCUCUCGCCAAACUUCAACGUGGACACAUGCAUGAGUCGCAUGGCGGCAGGCGUGCGGAUGUUCCAGGGUCUUCUCGAAGUUUUAUCAGAGCGCCUUGGUGGUCUGGACAGCCUUCAGGCCGACCUGCGAGACUUGCUGGCUCACGUUGAUAAGGCCCGAGAGGUGGCCGGGCCCAGCGGCGGCAACGCCAGCCUGGAUGAGGACCUGGAUCAAUGGGCGGGGCUGGCGGCGCGUCUCCAAGGUGACUACGAGACGCAGGCAGCCGCUCACCUGACACUCACGCAGCUCAGAUCCUUCAUGCACGAUGUCAUCCGAAGCCUCCGAGCCAUCACCGGCCACAGGACGCUGGCACGCUAAAACGCGCCACUCGCACUUUGGCCAGCCUCUGCUUCCCAAGGAUGUGGCGCCAAGAAGGAUGCUGGAAUAUUCCGUGGAAUAAUACUGGGCCUCUGCCCUCUUCCUGUGCUGCCCCCUACUGGACGGACAUACGAUGCAGUUUUAUCGCCUGCAGGCACCCACUUUGUGGAAGAAGUUGAAGUUAAUGAUGAUGGUGGUGGGCGGGGCGACCAGUCAGCCCCAGUGAGGAAUGUGAUGUGCCAAGACACGCUCCAAGCUUGCACUGUGUUCCGCACACUCGCCUUACUUGACGCAAGGCACUUAUUUAUUUAUCUAUUGCUUUACUUUUCAUAUUUAUGACUCGAUCAUUCCUAUUUAUUUGUCAUCAUCUUAUUUAUAUUUAUUUGGAUGGAGCCCUGUGAUGGGAUUCACGCGCGAUCCGUUGUGAUGCAACACUUCAUCGACUCACUGAUAACUCAUCAAUGAUCAAAUGAAUUAUUUU